UGAACUCUGACCAUGGUCUCAUAAGCAGUAAGCUUGACUCCCUCAGUCUCAGUGUGGGUCUGAAGACGCUUGGAAGCAGAGCAGGUUGUUGACUGUUUAAGACUCCAACAGGUUGGGCAGCUGAGCAGUAACUGAACAGUGAUUUACCUCUGUGGAGAAGAAAAAAAAAAGCUUCGACAUGGACUCCAACGGUGCAGGCAACGUUCAAUAUAAUCGCUGGAACGAAGACAACAUCAACAUGAACGUAGAGGCGUCACAGUCAACUGUGAUGAGGAUCCACAACAGAGUGUGUGUCGGCAGCACUGGAUUAGCAAUAAAGGUGGCAGGAGCUUUGGCUGCACUGGUGUCCAUUUACAUCAUAGGAUACGUGACGGGAUACUACGUCCACAGGUGCUGAUUGUGGAGCCCAAAGAGGAGCAAAAAGAACUGCAAGAUUAUGUAUAAAACACAAGGACUACAUGUCAAGUCUUCCUGUUGGCCGUAGUUGUCUGUCUGUCAUCAGUGUCGUUUAUGAUGAUGUAAACUUUGUAAAUGUUGAUUUUAUAAUGAUUUCCUAAUAAAACUGUCCUGAUGCAAACAUGAA